UAGUUGGCUAUUACUGCUAAUCCUGCUAUUACCAGUUGUCAGUUGUCAUUUCUAGACGUCAUCUGUACGUUACAAUUAUAAUACAUCGAAAAAUUUACUUUUAAUAUAAAUUAUAAUGGAAUGGAUAUGGUACUAUACAUUAUUAUUUAAUAUCUUUAACAUUGUAACUUCAGAAUGGAUCUCAAACGAUUAUAUGAAACGAGAACAUUCUCUUGUUCGUCCUUAUCAAGGGUUAGGUAUGACAGUACCUUAUUGGGAUUUUAUAGGCAGUACGAUGGUAACAAAUAAUUAUAUUAGGUUAACGCCUGAUUUACAAAGUACACAAGGAGCACUUUGGAAUUCAGUUCCAUGUAAUUUAAAAAACUGGGAGCUCAAGGUACAUUUUAAAGUUCAUGGAAAAGGACGAGAAUUAUUCGGAGAUGGAUUUGUAAUAUGGUACGCAAAAGAUAGAAUGCAAACAGGUCCAGUUUUUGGAAAUAAAGACCACUUUCACGGAUUGGCAGUGAUUCUUGAUACUUAUAGUAACCACAAUGGUCCACAUAAUCACCAACAUCCUUACAUAUCGGCAAUGAUUAAUAAUGGAACGCUUCACUAUGACCAUGAUAGAGAUGGAACUCAUACUCAACUUGCAGGAUGUGAAGCAAAAUUUAGAAAUCUUGAAUUUGAUACUCACAUUACUGUGCGAUAUGAAAAAGAUACAUUAACAGUUUCAACGGAUAUUGCAAACAAAGGAGCAUGGAAGGAAUGCUUUUCGGUGAAAGGAGUUAAAUUACCAACAGGAUACUUUUUUGGUAUGACUGCGACUACUGGUGAUCUUUCUGAUAAUCACGAUAUUUUAUCAAUUCGUCUAUUUGAGCUGGAUUUGCCGAAUGAAUCUAAAGACGAUGAAGAUAGGGCGAGCAUUCUUCCUUCUGCAACAUUCUUUGAGUCUCCAAGAGAACACGUGGAUGAUCCAAAACCUCAAGUAUCAAGUGGAAUUAAAACCUUCUUUAUGAUGCUUUUAUGUGCCUUAGUUUUAAUAGCUGUCGUUGUUGUUGGAAUUAUGAUUUAUCAGAAACGAUCUGAACAAAAUCGUAAGCGACUAUAUUAACAUAUCUCAACAACACAAUCGAGUAUCGACCAAGAAGCUAUUCUUCAGACAAUAUUAUCUUUUAUUUUAAAAAUGAGAAAUUUUGACUAUUUCAUUAAUGCUCAAACAUGAAGGACAAUUAUAUAUAUAUUGCUCCAUGGCAAUAAUAUAUGUUUUCUAAAAAUUCUGUGACAUUUUUUAGUCAUACUUUUGCCGUGCAGGCAUUGUCAUUCGAGUAUUGUAUUUCUAGAAUUGAUACUAUAUUUUUCUUAUUGUA